AUGGUUAGUACUAUACAGGAUGUUCUAAUAAUCAUGAUGCAAUUGGGAGAAAGUAAGUUGAAAAUAUAAAAUAAUAUUUCUUUUAUAUGAUGCUUCGUUUUCAAGCGAUACUAAUUUAAAAAAACACGAUUUCCAAAACUGUUUGAAAAUAAACAGAAGGUCAUUUGGAACGAAAAACAAGUUUAUUCAUGAUUACAAGAAUUCCCAUCCGAAGUUCAUUUAAAGAAUAAAUAGACUUGUAUUCUAAACCGAUUGAGAGUGAUAUUUUUUAAAAAUGUUUUUGUAAGUUUCGUAACGGAUGUACAUAUAAAGAGCUAAUAUUAUUCCACCAUCAAUUGAAUAGCAUUAGUUAGAAAGUUAAUAGAAGGUUAAAGUUACAUCGAUAAACACGCGCAAAAAGUUCAAUUGUUUAUAAAUGGAACAUGAUUUCAAUCCUAGAUUUAAUUGGAUUCAAUUCGUAAAUAAAUUGAUAUCUCAGUCAAUCACAUAUUGUUGAACAGAAAUUUAUACACAUGAUUUCUAUGCUUCUUUUUAUAUUGCUUAUUUUUUAAAUUAAAUUUCAUAUUUAAAUUUUAAAAUAUUUUUGUGAACAAUGAUAAGAAAAUUUAUGAAAAUUUUACGUUAAAUUCUCUAAAUUAUUACCUAAACUUAACAUAAUUUUGGUCUAGAAAUUGAGAUAAUUAUUUAUAAUAUGUAUAUAUGUAUAAUAUGUAUUUACAUAUUAAUAUAUACAUAUAUACAUACACGUCAUCAUAUAUAUAUAUAUAUAUACAUACACGUCACAUUCUGUAAUUAAAAUAUAUGAAAAUAGUAACUAAUAAAUAAUAUUGAAUAAAUGUAACUAUAAAAAUAGAAAUUGACGUUUCCUAACUUUGAUAGACGAGCUUUUUCUUUAUUUUUCUUGUUAUAUAAGAACCUGUUUGAUACUUGUGUGUGUGUAGGAUCAACUGGUAGAAGCAACAGAUAUGUAUGAUGUUCCUAUUCAGUCAGUAAUACAGUCUUUGAUCUGGUGUCUGAUCGACAACACGCUCAUUUUCUAUUCUUUUAUUCUUUUCUAUUUUCUACUCAAAUUAUUAAAUUUUUAUGAAGUAUUUGAUAAAUAGCAUAUCAAUUUAUAGUUUUCCAAAUAUUUACGAAAUUAAAUUAUAAUUUUAAAAAGUAGAAAAAAUGAAUUUAUUUAGACCAUCGAUAAAACAGGUACGUACAGUGUUUAUAUGUCUUUCGUGUGUUGUUAAUAAUAAUAGUGAUUAAACAAUUUUUAAUUAAUAGUUUUAAUAAUUAGAGCGAAAGGAAGAAGUAAUAUAAAACAUUGGUGAUGUGGCAUGGAAGAUUUGAAAUUUGACAAAAUAAUUUUUUGAAGAAACUAUUAACAUGAUUAUUAUCAGAUUUUAGAUGUUUAUACAUUUAUGAAAAAUUUAAAGGUGCGAAAGUCCGCGGAAUGUAAACGAAUUCAAAAAUAUAUAAAAUAUUGCGUUCGUUAUAAUAUUUAUACGAGUAAAAUAAAAUCUCUAUCUGAUUGUUUUUUUUUUUUAAUUUUUUAUAAACUCCGUAGUUUAACUAUUACUGUCAAAUUUCCUUUUCGCACUCCUUCUUUUUUAUAAUAAUGCAAUUUUCGCACGUUGAUUCCUAAUACUUUUUCAUUUCAUUAGAUUUCUUAAAACGUUAUAGAACUUAACUUUAUACAUUAAAUUUUCGAAUAAAUGUUUUUAUUUAUAUUAGUCAAACACCGUUUUUUUUUUUUGAAAAAAUAUAACUUGCGUUCUAAUAUACAUAUUCAAAAUUCAAACGAGUCCGAUAAAACGAAUUUUCAGAUAUUACAAAAAAUGUACAACAAAAAACUUCAUUUGGCUACUUAUGUAGUACGAUUACAUCAUUGUCCCGGACCUGUAACUCAACUUUCAGAAGAAGAACUUUUGAUGAAAGAAAGUGUUGCUAAAUUAGCGAAAGAAGAAAUUGCACCGCUCGUGCAAAAAAUGGAAAAAGAAGGGAGAAUAGACGAUGGAUUGUUACGAAAGCUUUUCGAAAAUGGUUUAAUGGGCAUUGAAGUACCGGAAAAAUACGGUGGUUCUGGAUGUAAUUUCAUGACAACAGUUUUAGCUGUUGAAGAAGUUGGCAAAGUAUGUGGAUCUGUAGCAGCCCUGGUCGAUAUUCACAAUACUUUAGUGAACUCAUUAGUUACGAAAGUUGCCACGGAAGAACAGAAAACAAAAUAUCUACCAAGAUUAACGCAACAGCAUGCGGGAAGUUUUUGUCUUACGGAACCUGGUUCAGGAUCAGAUGCCUUUUCUUUGAAAACUGAAGCGAAAAAGGAUGGAACUGAAUAUAUAAUAAAUGGAACAAAAAUGUGGAUUUCCAACUCUGAUAUCGCAGGAUUAUUUCUUGUUUUUGCAAAUGCAAAUCCUUCUGUUGGAUAUCGUGGCAUUACAACUUUUUUUGUAGACCGAGAUACACCUGGAUUAAUAAUCGAAAAACCUGAGGAUAAACUAGGAAUUAAAGCAUCGGGUACAUGUAUGAUUCACUUCGACAGCGUCAGAGUCCCUGAAGAGAAUAUCUUAGGAGAAUUUGGACAAGGGUACAAAUAUGCUGCUAAAUUUUUAAAUGAAGGUAGAAUUGGUAUUGGAGCUCAAAUGAUUGGUAUAGCACAAGGCUGUUUUGAUGCCACUAUACCAUACACGUUAGAAAGGAAACAAUUUGGAAAGGAUAUAUUCUCAUUUCAAUCUAUGCAACAUCAAAUUGCUCAAGUGGCCACUGAACUUGAAGCUGCCAGAUUAUUAGUUUAUAAUGCCGCCAGACUAGUCGAUGCUAAAAAGAAUGUAAUGAAAGAGGCUGCCAUGGCAAAAUUAAUCGCUUCUGAAACGGCUUUGCGUGUUACUGCAAAGUGUAUAGACUUUAUGGGUGGCGUAGGAUUCACAACAAGUUUUCCUCAAGAAAAAUAUUUUAGAGAUUCUAAAAUCGGUACUAUUUACGAGGGCACUAGUAACAUGCAAUUAUCAACUAUAGCCAAAUGCAUUCGUCAACAGUACUCUAUCUAUUUCUUCAGUUUCCUUAGCAGUAUAAUAAUCAAUUCUUGUGCUCCGAUAGCAAGGUUUUUCUCGUAUGUUCCAAAAAUUUUCAGGAAUUCUGUUAAUGUCAUGUUCAAAAAAUGUAUGAAUACUUAAGUCAUUGAAUACUUCUUCAUAUAUAAAAUCAUUUCUUAAAGUAAUUUCUGUAACAUAUGGUUCUAUGCGAAUAAUAUAAUCAAUAAGACUAGGCCUAUGUUUUUUUAAAUUAUCCAUAAUAAUUGAAAAACUAUUUGUCAAAAGGAUGCACUUGUUUAAGUUUUUAGACCAAUUUGCAUAAAGGAAAUUAUUAAUUAAGUGGACAGAACAAUGUGGCAUGUACACCAAUGUAAUAUUAUUACGUAUAACAUGUUUGCCUUCUUCAUUAAUUGUUAUAACAUUAAAAUCAAGUCGUUUCAGAAACCUGAUUUCUUUAGAAGAAAAAACUGGAUCAUAUAUAUAGAUUUGAGAGUUAUAAUGUUUUUUCAAAGAUAAAAGUAAUGCUAGUUGAUAUUUAGAGGAUCUUUGAUUAGAAAAGUGACCCAAGCCGAAGCACAAUAUAUCAGAAAUGUCACUGCUAUUUAAAGAGGUUAAUGAAUCUUUCAAAUAAUGGAAAACAUUGUCAGCGAACGAUGAAUUUCUCACUUCAACUUCAGCAUCUAGUAGCUUUCUAUUCAGUGUUUCGUAAUUAAUGUUCGGACUAUCGUCAUCGACAUCGUCCGUGGUUAAAAAAGUACUUGUACGACUUAUAUUUCGAACACGAGAUAUACGUUUCUUCCGACGAGUUACGAAUUUAAAUUCUCUACUGUCUCGCAUUUUAUGUAUGUGUACAUAUAUGUAUGUAUAUAUUCAUAGUUAUAAAACAUAAUCCAUUUUUGCAGAUUAGACUACUUAAAAGAUUCAUAUAUCACUUAAAACUAGUUGGUAUAGUUGGUAUGACAAAUGGCAUAUAAUCAUAUUUUUAUAAUACAAAAUUGUCAUAGAAACUGUUUUACAAUACUGACACAAUUUCUUAGUCUGAGAUAUGUUCAAAAAAUAUUUAAUAAAAAUGAGCUGAUAAAGUAAUAAAAUAAUAAUAAAUUACAAAAUGAAAAUGAUGGUUUAGGAUUUUUUCAAUAGAUGGCGUCACUAUUCUACUUGUUUCAC